GGCAACGCGUCUCUCCUCCUAACGCUCUUUCUCUUGCCGUAACUCGUCUCUGUCUCUGCUUCGCUAGCGUAACGGAGAGAAAGAGAGAGAUGGUGGGAACGAAGACGUGAGAGCGGUGGCCUCGAGUCUGCUCUGCGUGUUGUUUUUUCCUUUCUUCGUGUGAAGAGGGCGUGUACAGGAGGAGGAGGAAAGGAUGAGGUGCCCGUUUUAUUUGUCUUUCCACCACCACUCGCUGCUCUUGUUUCGCAGCCACUCCUCCUCCCCCCUCUCCCCCUCUCUUUCCUUGACAGCACAGCCGGUGGCUUCACCGCUUCUACAAUACGCGCAGAGGCUCGAAAACACCUGGGAACGUAGGCCGGUUCGAAAUCCACAUCAAAUAGAAGGCGACGGUGUUUCAACUGUCACUUUCGGGUAUACAAUCAGUCACUGUCGCGAGUUUCCGCGUGACUAUAAUAGGAGUUGGAGGCUGUCCAGUUUCUCCGCAUUGUCAAAUUGGUGAUGUUCCGUUUGGCUUACAGCGUCGUAUUGGGUUUCCAAUGAGUUCGCAAAGUUGCUCCUGGCCGCCCGGUAUCUCUCUGUGUCAGGUCGGUGUCCGGAACCUCGAACGCUUUACGGCAAGUGAUGUUGAAGCGUGCGGAAGAGAUGUUGACGCUCGAGGACUGAAGGCUUGGCUUUAUUCUGCAUUUUUUUUCAGCUUUAGGAGCUGUGUCGACAGCGAAAUGAGCGCCGCUCCCGACAAGCCUCGGGAAUCCUUUUUCACGCCACCACACUGCUCUUCUCCCGCCGGAAGAAAAAAGGGGCUUUUCAUCGUCUGCUAUUUCCCCCACGUCGUCCGCUCCCCCGCACGUGACGUCAGCCCUGCUGUCAUGGUGGCAACCAGUUUGUGCUUCUCGGAUGGCGAACAGCGGAGUGGGGUCAACGUUCGGACCACUCAUCAUACGGCACCCGUGGUUAGGGGGGCGUGAACGUGACAAACCACGGGACCACGCUUUUUGUGCACACGUGCGCAGAUUCCUAAAGAUCAGUGGUGCACAGUGCGACGUCAUUGUGUCAACACUGAGCAGUCCCCGCUGUUCCACACAAAAUCUUUGGAAUGCGGUAGCGAUGGCGAGUGAUUUUGUGUAUGAAGCCGCGGCACUUCUUUGUUCCAUUGAAUACUCAUAAUCACUUUCCUGGCGCGUCGGCGUCCUCGGACGACAGCUCUCAUGGCGCUGCGCUCAUGCGAAGAAUCAUGCGAAGAAUCCUUUCCGCUCGUAUAGGAGACGCCGAUGCGUCCGAUGCUAGUCACGAGAAAUUACGCGAAAGCGAUUGGAAGUGAUCGUCCGAAAUUAAGGCCCCUUUUGUUAGCGUAGUAUGCUGCCAGGCAGGCGCUCGCUUGUGCGAGAAUGUGGCACCGAAUCCAUUAGACGAUUACAUAGACGAUUGAUAGUCAUACGAUUGCAUCAGAUGGGGAAAACAUGUUGUUGAGUUCACAUCUCCUCCUUUAGGCUUUGAAAAAAGCAAAAAAAAAAAAAAACAAGGACGGCAGGGGGAGGGGGGCAAGUAAGCAUAAUAGCUCAUUCUCCAUGCAGCGACAAUGUUCAGCAUCUUAUCGCACGGCUUGAGCCCGUGUGUAUGCUGCCGCGCCUCUCCGAUUAUCGCGUUGUGUGUCUGCAGACUGCGUUCUCUCCGUUCUUCGCUUGCAUAUUGAAGACAAACGAAUGCGCACCUAUCAGAUAAGUGAGGGAGCGCUGUCAAUGCUUAUAUUCCUGAAGCUGGCGACUAGCUCAUCCUUUGUUGCGCUAGUAACGUGCAAUCCGUGGUUCGGCCAACUCCUCGUUCUUACCGACCUCACGGCUCACCUGUCUUGAAGCAAAAUUCCUAUUUUUCAGUCAAGUCGAAAACAAGCCAGUUUUCCUGGUCCUCAAACGAUGAUCCGCGGAAGGUCGGUGGCUCCAUGGCCUGUUGCAGAACGAUGGAGGAUGCUGCGGCUGCCAUUGGGGCUGUCUUGGCCACGAUCUUCUUGGUCGUCUCAGACGAUCGACAAGCUUCCGGACAAGGUGCUGCUGCUCAUCUUCUCGUACCUGCCGCAGCGCGAGGUGGGCCGGCUGGCCCGCGUGUGCCGCAAGUGGCGGACCGUGUCGGCCGACUCGCGCCUCUGGACCCACGUGUCUUUGCGGCCCGAGGUGUCCGGCCUCCACGUGGCCAGCAUCGAGAAGCUGCUGGCGUUGAUCGCGGUGCGAUUCGGCGCCUCGCUGCGCUACAUCGAGCUGCCCAUCGAGCUCAUCACGCACACCGUGCUCCACGAGCUGGGCAACAAGUGCCCCAACCUGACGCACAUGCUGCUCGACUUCUCGACGGCCAUGCAGCUGCACGACUUCAACGACCUGCACACGUUCCCCACCAAGCUGCGUGUCAUGUGCAUCUGCCUCUCCGAGGUUAUCUUCAUGGAGGGCUUCAUGCGGAAGAUAUACAACUUCAUCAACGGGCUCGAGGUGCUCCACCUCAUCGGCACAUAUGAGAAGGUUGAAGAGGAAGAGGAGGAAAUUUACGAAGUCAUCAAUAUUCACAAGAUUAAAAGUGCUGUGCCGAACCUCCGCUGUGUCAACAUGUACGGUAUCGCGUUUGUGGACGACAGUCACGUUGAAGCCUUCAGCAGUAACUGUAUUCAACUGGAGUGCCUUUCACUGAACUUCUGCGCUAAGGUGACGGGUUCCACACUGAAGCUGCUCUUUCAGAGGUGUAAAAAGCUCAAGACCCUGUUGAUGCAGCAGACAGGACUUAAGGCGGAGCACGUGAUGGCAGCCGACUGGGAGAACACGAACAUACAGGAGCUGGACAUUACAGCCACAGAACUCCCUACAGAAUGCCUUAGCGACCUGCUCUGUCGGUUGCCAAACUUGCGUUACUUAUGCGCGGGCCAGCAGGAUGGCUUCACUGAUCAGGUCUUGAAAGACUGGAUGGAAAAGGGGAACGUCAAGAACCUGAUCGCACUGGAUCUUGACAGGAAUGAGAACCUGUCCGAGGAAGCGCUUCUGAAAUUCCUUAAGGUACAGGGCCACAUGCUUCAGGGGCUUGUUCUGUCUGGCAUUCCCCACCUGUGCGAACAGUUCUGGCAAAGCACCUUGCAGAUCAUCAAAAAGAUACGGAUUCUCGUUGCUGGAAUGGCGACUGGCUGCUGCAAGAAGAUUCACCAGAAGAUUCACAUCGACUCCAUGCUUGACGCCAUUGCCAAUAACUGUGCCGAGAUUGAGAGACUGGAGAUUGGCUGGGACAGUGAAACGCUUCGUUUUAGUGACCGCAGCAGUAAGGCCAUUGAUACGGUGCGAGUCAAGUGUCUCCGCUUGCGCUGUCUCGUUCUUUGCGACGGCAAGUAUUUUGAGCUCGUUAAGUCAAACUUCGAUCGGGCGGACAGACACACGCUGGUCCGUUCUACAACAAAUUGCCGGGUGACGCUUGUCUACCUUCUGUCCUGCUACAAGGACCUUAUCUUUAACUGACUCCCACGGGAGUUUGUGUUACUGAUUUCGAACAAGCGUCCGAGCAAUGAACAACGAAGGAUGCAGAAGAACCUUUGACAUUUAUUCCAUCUAAAAUUGUAUCUGGCGUCAGUCAAUCUUUACUGUUCAUGCUAAAUUUAUAAAUUGAUCCAAAGGAACCACAGUGUCCUUAGCAAGAUCCUACCUGUAGGUACACCAAAAUGCCUGAAGCGAACUGAAACAGCAUCAGCCUGAAACUGUCCAUGACAUAGAACAUCCAUAAAAAGAGAUCACAGGUUGAAAGUACAGGUUCUCUAGCUGUGCAAUUGUGAAUGCUUGUUGAAGCUCAGUACAUAGCAUGUCCUGCCCGCUGGUUUGCUUUCUGAGAAUAAUGACAGCCCAGAGCUGCUGAGUAAUAAAGCUCAGAUGAUGUAUUUCCGAACA